UGGGUCGGGACGGUCACGUUCUCCUCGAGCCCCUCCAGCGCGCCGCCGUGCUGCUCGCGUGCUCCGCGCCGCCAACCUCGCGCCGAUCGCGUCCCAGUGCCUUCCAGUGCCUUCCAGUGCCGUCCAGUGCCACCACUCUGGGAUUUACCGCCGGCGGAGCACUGACCGGCUUCCUGUGACUCGCGGGGACGGUGUCCGGAACGACGGUGUCCGGGACGUCGGUGUCCGGGACGACGGUGUCCGAGACGACGGUGUCCGGGACCACGGUGUCCACGUCCACCAGGGCGGCAGGAUGGACGCCAUGAGGGCCGCGGUGUGCCUUCUGGCGCUCUUGGUCUCCCAAAGCGGCGCCCAGUUCAAGAGCAGGCGCGUCAACAACCCGGACAUCCCGGCCAGCAGCUUCUCCUGCGUCGGCCGCCAUAAUGGCUACUACGCGGACGUGGAGACGGACUGCCAGGUGUACCACAUGUGCCUGGACCGGCAGCAGUUCAGCUACCAGUGCCCCAACACGACGCGCUUCCAGCAGCGCAUGAUGAUCUGCGACCACUGGUACCAGGUGGACUGUCCGUCCGCGCCGCUUGCCUACUCCGCCAACCUGCUCAUCGGGCAGCGCAACACGCCCUUCGUCGGCGACGACGAGCACCGCGCGCUGCACGAGGCGGCAGUUCGCACCUCAAAGGGCCUCCUGAAGGGCCUGUCGCAGCCCGCCGCCAACGCCCUGGACGGCUCCGACUCGUCCCGCAAGCCCGCGGUGACUUUCGCGCCCUUCCCCAGGACGACGGCGACCGCCACCUCCACCGCGCGUCCCUUCGCCGCGCCGCCCUCCUCCGCGCUGGAGGCGCCCUUCGAGGACGAGCAGCCGCAGAGGGCGUCCUUCUUCCAGCGGUCGCCCACGUCCAGCUUCGCGCAGCCCUUCCAGAACCAGCUGUUCCAGCAGCAGCCGCAGCCGCUGGCCAGCACGGCCGCCCCCGUGUCCUUCACCUUCACGCCGACGCCGUCCCCCACGCCCCCGCGCUUCUCCAUCUCGUUCACGCCGUCGCCGUCCUUCCCGGCGAGCGGCCACAAUCUCCAGAGGGCUCCGUCACCCUCCCCCAGCGCCCCAAGCCCCUCCCCGUCGCCGUCGCCGUCCCCCGCACCAGCGUCAUCCACUUUCGCCGCCCCCAGCGCCCCCGCUCCAAGCGCCUUCGCCCCCAGUGCCCCUGCCCCCAGCGCCCCUGCCCCCAGCGUCUUUUCGCCUAGCGCGUUUUCGCCUAGUGCUCCCGCACCCGGCACAUUCGCACCCAGCGCCUUUUCCCCCAGUGCCUUCGGGCCCAGUGCCGGCCCCGCCCCCAGCGGCCCCGCCCCCAGCGGCCCCGCCCCCAGCCCCUUCGCCCCCAGCGCCACCGUGUCGUCCCUGAAGCCGCCGUCCAGGGAACUGGAGGCCCCGUUCGGCGACUACCCCGAACCGGAGGGCAACGCCCUGCCCACCGGCCAGCCCUCGACGGCCUUCCCGUCACCGUCCGCGCCGUCCUCGUCCCUGUUCUCGGCGUCGACGCCGGCGCCGGUGCCCGCCGAGUCCAUGACGCCCCAGCAGACCGCGUCGUUCGCGGCGCCGCUGCCCCGCGUCGUCGGCGUCGCGCCACCCUCGCGGGAACUCACGCCGCCGCACUACUUCGGCAGCGACGCCCCCGGGCCGCUGUCCGCGCGCAUCGUGGCGGCGCCCUUCGCGUCCGGCGCGUCUGCCCUCGGUGCCUCCGCCCCCGGCCUCUCCGCCCCCGGCCUCUCAGCGCCGUCUGCCGCCGCGUCCGCCCCCGCCGCCUCCGGCCCGGGCAGCUUCCCCCGCCCCUUCACCGCGGUCAACUCGACGCAGCGCUACUCACUGUUCGCCGCCACGGCCGCCCCCGUGGCCGCCAGCGUCAGCGCCAGCCCCGCACCGCCGUCCAGGGAUCUGGAGGCGCCGCUGGACGAGGGCGAGGUCGACUACAACACCGUGGAGCUCAAGUUCCAGGACACGCGGCGCCUCUUCUUCAUACCCACCGGCGACACUGGCAGCGGCGGCAGUGGUAGCGGCGGCAGCGAGGCCACCGACCCCGUGGUGGUCAUCAAGUACCCGUCCAAGUCGACGCGGAACGCCAACCUGGGCUCCACCGCGCUGCUCAAGUCGUACCCGGAGGACGUGAAGCGGCGAGUUGACCCCAAGUGCCCACACUGCCACCCCGACUUCGUGGUGCCGGGCACGUGCAGUCCCUGCGUGCUGCUGCGCUAGCCUGCCCCAGCCUGCCCUACACUGCAAACCAGCUGCUAACGCUCCACGGCGCUCUACAGCCUCCAGGAGCUCCACAGCCUUUCCUGUUAUUUAUUGUGUUGUCUUUUUUGUUGAGCCGUAGUGCUGCUGCGCGCAGCUCCACCUAAAUGUUGCAUAUCUUCGUUGUUUACUUACGUUCCAGACGUUUGUCAUUAGAAAAAAAAUAAGAAAAACAAACACGGGAGUCCUAUUUAGAAAGUCGUUUUUGAAAUAUCGAAUUUGAUGAAUGUCAAUUUGACUGCAAAAUGAACGUGUCGGCGAGCUUCCGACAACGGCUGAGCAGAAGCAUCAGCAAGUGAAAGACUUGAUUUUACAAUAUUGUACCAUAUUAGCGCCUAAGUCUAAUGUAAAAAUGUGAAAAAAAUACUUUGUACUAAUGUGUGAUUGUGUCAGUUGUGUGUUAGUGCGAUUGUUUAUGUGACUGUAUAUAUGAGAGCGAAUGUACGUUUCCGAGUUUUUUUAACCUUUGCGACAUGCUUAUUUCUGUCUUUGUACAUUUCGUAGUUCCCCUCCCCAGAGUUUUUAAAAAAUCUAUUCUCAUUCUUAAGGUGAGUCUGCUGUGUGUUUGUGUGCGUGUGCAUCGGCCUAGAGUGUCCCUGCGUAUGCAUGAUUGCGUGCCUUUUUUUCCAUUUAAAAACACAUUGUCCCUCCCGAGGAUGGAAAAAAUAAAGUUACCAUGCUCAA